AUGCAGGAACGGGAACAGCCGCCAGCCUAUCCCGACGGGGAGGUGUGGCCACUCAAGAAGUUUCCUGUCUCGCGAUUGCUCUGGUGCCGAGGCAGGGCCCUGCCCAGACACGGAGGCAGGCAGGCAGGCAAAGCAGGCAGGCAGGCAGGGGGAGACCGAAGGGCUGGAGGAGGCAAGCACACUUCUGGGCAGCUGACAGGCAGACGGACAGACGGCAGGACGGACGUGCCGGCGGGGCCUGUGAUUGGCGGCUCGGCGGCAAGCUGGUGGAAGAUGUCGUCGGGGGCCGGCGGGCGGGGGAGCCGCCAUGCGCGGUCGCGUAACAGUGGCGGUAGCUGCGGCAUCUCGGGCGGCUACGGCUCCAGGGACGUGGUGGUCGAGGAGGGCCCGGUGGGUAUCCCGUUCCCCGAGCACAGCGCCGACGUGCUGGGCGGCCUGAACAAGCAGCGGCUGAGCGGCCUGCUGUGCGACGUGCUACUGGUCGUGCAGGAGCAAGAGUUCCACGCUCACCGAUCCGUCCUGGCCUCCUGCAGCGCCUACUUCCACAAGCUCUUCACCUCCGGCCUGGCCGCCAACCACCAGAGCGUCUACGCCCUCGACUUUGUGCGCGCCGAGGCGCUGGCGGCGCUGCUGGACUUCGCCUACACGGCCACACUGACGGUCAGCCAUUCGAGCGUGGCCGAUAUCCUGAGCGCUGCACGUCUGUUGGAGAUCUCGCCCGUCCAAGAUGUCUGCACGCACCUGCUGGACACCAAAGUGCUCUCCCCGCCGGCGGGCAGUGAGCAAGAUGAGGAAGAACAGAGAGAAGAUGAGGAAAGGCCUAAGAGUGGCAGUCGGGGAGGAGGCCGAGGAACACGAGAGCAGGGGAACCAGCUGCGUGCCCGCGAGUACCUGGAAUUCUUCCAGCGGGGGGCGCACUGGGGCAGCAGUAGCUGCAGCACGCCAGAGCUCAGGGACCCGCUCACACACCAGCACUUUAGCCAGCGCAACGGAGCGGAGCGCAACGGGACCCACAACGUGCCGCAUGAGUACGACUCCCCCCUGGCCCUCGCCCUGGCCCAGCCACCCAUGCAGGACCCAGAGGACGAUGAAGAGGACGAGGAAGACAUGGAGGUGUCCUCGGCCUGGGCCCGGGGCAAUGGGGGGGUCGGAGGAGAAGCCGUGCUACCCCACUACUACACCCCGGGGGCCCAGAACGGACAUUUCUACCUCCAGACGGAGCGCGUGAAACUGGAGCAAGAGCAGCGGGUGGAGGCAGGAGAUCGAGAGCGGGAUCGGGAGCGGGACCAGGAGCGAGACCGGAAGCGGGAUCCAAAUAAUCAGGAGCGGGAGCCAGAGCGUGGCUCGGCCAGCGCUCUCCUGCAGCAGAUGAUGGACUCCAUCGAGCGGCAGAAAGAGCGGGAGGCGGCGGGCGAGGAGCCGCCCGACGGGGAGGACCCGGACGUGGAGUUUUACUUGAAGUACUUUAACAGCGCGCAGCAGGAGGAAGGCUCCGCAGCGGCCGCCGCCGCCGUGGCUACCGCCACCGCUGUCUCCCAGGGCCUGCUGUGGUCGGUGCGUGGCGGGGGUGGCGGCCAGGCCGGCAGUGGCGGUGGCACUGGGGCCACGGGCGAGAGGAAGAUGCGCUCUAAGGCCUUCCAGAAGUGCCCCAUCUGCUCCAAGGUCAUCCAGGGUGCAGGCAAGCUGCCCCGGCACAUCCGCACGCACACGGGAGAAAAGCCCUACGAGUGCGCCAUCUGCAAAGUGCGCUUCACCAGGCAGGACAAGCUCAAGGUUCACAUGCGCAAGCACACAGGGGAGAAGCCUUACCUGUGCACCCAGUGCGGCGCUGCCUUCGCCCACAACUACGACCUGAAGAACCACAUGCGCGUCCACACCGGCCUGCGGCCCUACCAGUGCUCCAGCUGCUUCAAGACGUUUGUGCGCUCCGACCACCUCCACCGCCACCUGAAGAAGGACGGCUGCAACGGCAUCCCGUCGCGGCGCGGCCGCAAGCCCCGGGUGCGGGACCCCGAGCUCCUGGAGGGGGCCUCUGUAGGACUCCCGGGGCCACCGGGCCCCGGAAACGGCGGACGCAGCGGCCGGGGACGAAGGCGCGUCGAGUUGGCUCAUCCUCCUGCUGCUGCCGGCCCCACCACCGUCGCAUCUGCCACCGUCGAAGGAGGCCCAGGAAGCCAUGCACACAGCCCCACCCCGGCCGAGAAGGCUGUGGAGGAGGUGCAGUGAGACGAAAGGGACGUCGGAACGUCGCGCUGGGGACUUCAGGAAGGGACGCAGAGAAGGGUUUGCGGCGGGGGACAUGUGAGAUGGAAAUUGAAAAACAACAACAACAAAAAAAACAAGAAACAAAACAAAAAAACAAACAAACAAAAUGACAACUACAUGCUCCUCUCUAAACCAAAAUCAGGGUGUCACAAAAAUCUAUUUGUUUUCUCAUUUUACCUUUUACCCCCCUGUGCUUUAGAUUUUACAGAGUAGACUCACAACUUAGGGGUCUGUUUAAAAAACAAAACAAAAAAAAACACAAAAGAGCAAAGAGCACUUCACGUCACCUCCACCCUGUCUCCAUCUUUCUGAGUCGUAUCUCUUUUUUCUUUUCUAUACUGGAGCGAUGGCUUUACCAUAUGCAUUUGUGAAAAACAGAGCAACUAUGCAGUAGAGAAGAACGUUUCCGGGUCUGUUUCUCACAGAGCCUUGUCUUAACACAGGUGGUGUCACCCCCACCUGUGGGCUGUUGCACGGGUUAACUCAAGUUAGUCCAGGGAGGUGGAAAACAACCAAUCAGUCUUUUUCUACUUUAAUGCAGUUAUAACAUGUACAUAUUCCAUAACACCUGAUAUUGUCUCUUUGAUUAAUAAGGCAAUAUAUGCAAUUCUGAUGCAGCAACUUCUAUAUUUUUUCUUUCCUAAAUGGUUCAGAAAGAAUCGGGCAGGGGUUUGAGUGAAGUGUUGCUUUCUCUAUAAACUAGGUUUUAAGAAAUCUUUGGUUCGUCUUUCUGAAAGGUUAACAGAGUCGUAUCCACUAUUGCGGGGGCUCUUUGCAGCGCAGGACCAGGGAUUGGGGGGGGGAGGUGGUGGGGUGCAGUGUUUCUGAAGCACUACCAUCAUCAUCAUCAUCAUCAUCGGUGGCCAAGCGGCAAAAACCACACCGAAUAUUACCUCUCGCCACCCUGCUUAUUCAGCAUUUCUUUUAAUUUGAUUCGUCUUAAUCUUUUGUGUUUUUUUUUGAUCGUCAUUGUCGUAUGUUCUUUUUGAGUUGACUGCUUUUGGGUACUUGACACUUUACAUUUGUAUACAUGUAUAUAUAUAUAUAUAUAUAUCUAUAUAUAUAUAUUAGAUGGUGAUAAUAUUUGGUCCCAUUUUAACUUGAGAUAUAUUGCAAAUCAAAUGGGGGUGUUUUCCUUCAGCUUGACUUCUGAUUUCUCACAGAGUGAAGCUUGCAUACGGGAGAGAGAAUACUGCUUGAAUGUUAGAGAAUAUUUAAUUCCGACAUACCCGUUUUGUCCUAAAAACUUUAGCACUUGACCGAACCAUUGAGUUCCCACCCAAAGGUUAAAGGAAGUGAUGUACUUCCCUUUGAGAAGUUCUCCAGGGUUUUGUCUGUAUGAGCGAAUGAGAGUGUGCUGUCUAACAAACAGCUGGUAAAAGACAGGGGAAACUUUUUCUUUCUUCUUUUUUUAUUUUACUCAGCACCAGUGAAAAGAUGACGAGAUUGAGCACCUUUAUUUUUUAAAUGCAUUUGCACAGCUUAACUAAAGAUAUCCAACCUGAAUGAGAUGUAUUUAAUAAGGCAGUUAAAGAGGAGGGUUGAAAGUGCUUAUUCCAAUAUUUUGCCCUAGGGACCACGAACCAUAAGACAACCUGUGUGAUGAGAAGAGCAAUAAAUACCUGUCCAAGUUAGGAGGCCAAAAAGAGAGAGAACCAGAGAGAGAAAGAGAGAGAGAGAGAAAAGCGAACAGCUGCAGCCAGCCACAGAGGGCGGGGGGCAGGGGGGGAGGUGUGUGGAUUUCGCAAUGUCUCUUGCAUUCCAAAAUAUAAUCUGCCCCGAAACAGCCGUGUUUCGCUGUACAACGGAUCAAAUCUGGUCUUUUUUUUUGUCUUAACCCCCACCUACCCUACCCUACUCCACCACCCACUAAACCCCUCCCCAAUCCCCCUAACCACUCCUCUCCUCUCCCCCUCUCCAUUUUCGACUGGAGGAAUCCACGGCCUGUUUGCCGGCAGCACCCAGAUUGAGGCCGAGCCUGUGAAUGAGUCUGGCUCCAAUACGGGCCAGAUCCGCUCUGGAUCAGAUCUGUCCGUUCCUCCGAUCUCGGGCUCGGACUCUCUCUAAGGCCCUUAAAACAAGCAGCGGGAUCACACACACCACUAGCCCCCUGGGCCUCUGUGCAUCAGUUGCUGUGUGUGUGUGUGUGUGUGUGUGUGUGUUCGUGUAUGUGAGAGAGUCAGGCGGUGGGGUCGCCUGCUGGCCACUUUAGUACCGAGUGACUCACCCGUAGGCCCGGGAGUGCCGGACGACCAGGCAGCAGAGACUGAGCGAGUGAGGAAGGGUGUGGUGGAGGAAGAGUGGGGGGUGGGAGGCUGAGGAUUGGGAGGGGCAACGCGUUUAAACACGCUCCUGAGAAUCUGGCGGAGUGCUUACAAAGCUCCAGCAGACCCGCGAAAGUGGGCAGCCUCCGGCGGGAGACGGCACAGCCUACUGAGUGUUAUUCCAGAGAGCCGCAGUGACGGCCUGCUGACCUAGCCUAGCCUAGCAGGCACGCAAGCAUGCUUAGCCUGGCCUGGCCUAUGCCGCCAGUCCUACCCCUCCGCAGGCUAGCUCCCCAAGAGGAGGCGCACGUGUGUGUGUGUAUGUGUGUGUGUUUGGGUGCAGGUGGCUAUUCGCUGGUGCAUAUGUGGACCAGAUCUGCAGGAGAGAGAGAGAGAGUGUUUGUGGCUGAGGUCGAUGUUCCCCUCCUCGGCAUUGCUGCAGGGCUGUGUUGUUCUGAGAGUUGGUCCGUUGCACCUUAAUGGGAUACAAGCAGGUUCUGAUUGCACUUUGUUACUGAGAAGGGCACUUUUUGUCAAAGAAACGGGUACUUGAAACAAAAGAUUGAAUGUGUGGUACACAUGGUCCAAUCCGAACGGUGACUCUAGGCCCAUCCUUUUGUUUUUGUUUAGCUUUUGACGACAGGCUGCCAAAAAGACAGAAAAAGAUAUGUGUGCAGAACCUCUCUUAAAAAAAGACCUAAAAAAGAGAACAGUUGUUUUUUGGAGAUGGACAUGUCAGGAUUUGUGACCUAUAUAAAACAAACACUUUUCAAAAAUAUUCUUCAAAAGAAUGAGAUAUCCCCAUGAAACUGAUUGCACUUGAAGUUAGCUUUUUGAUUUCUAAAGAGAUAUUUAGAGUUGUCUUUAUUCAUGUCUUAUUAUGGAGCACGGGGAUUGAGUGUUUGAAGGGGGUGGCGGUAGGAGUGUGAGCAUUAGUGUGUGUGUAUGUAUGUGUGUGUGUGAGUGUAGCCGCAGGGUCUUUGGGCAAGCCUGGAUAAACAAACUCCAUUUUAUACCCAUCUGCUCACCAGCUUACCACUCCGAGCUCCAGUUGUUAUGCUCAAUAAAAAAGAACUAUUUUCACCACAGAGUUCCCCCUAGUCUAGCUUCAGCUAUGGACAACCACUGCGUUGGCAGGAGCAGUAUGUGUGUGUGCGUGUGUGUGUGUACCUGACACGGACACACCCUGUGUAACGAUCGAGGGCAAGAUUGCUCUUCGUGAUGCAUUUAAUGCUGUUGGACUUUGCAUGGCCAACUACAAAGUUAGCAAGCCUCCUUGCCAUGUGUGUGUUAUGUCUGUGUGCCCGUAUGUGUGUUUGUGUGAGUGUGUUUCUGAGUGUGUCCACACAUAUACACUUCUACCACGCAGUGGUUUAAAAACACAUAGGUUUGAUUAAGGUUCAUUUGGCUUCAGCACAAACUUCUGUUCUGGUCUUGUCCUCGUGCCCUAUUCUUAGUGGAGCCCAGUGUAGUGGUUCUUAGUCAAGACCACAAGGCUGCCCUGUAGUCUUGCCACACCCUGAGCGCCUACCCCCCUCGUUGCAUAUGCAGCAAUUUGUGUGGAAUCAUGCAAAGCAUUUUACUUGAGUUCCCUUUUCUCUUCUUCCUCCGAUUUUUUUAUUUUUUCCCCCUUUCUUCUUCUGUGAACUUAAAAAGAAUCGAUCGUUUUUUGUAGAUAUUAAGAGCUUCUCCUUUUACUUGUUGGUUUGUAUGUUUCUGUUGAUUAUCCUUCAAAAGGUGUCGCUAGAGCUUGUGUGUUAAUAUUUUUUUCCUUGUUUUCGAAAAACUGUUAAAAGGCUGUUUGUGUGGGUCUUGGUUUAGGUUAUGGAUUUUUUGUGUGUGUACAGGGAGGGUGGGUGUAGGGGUGG